AUGGAAGACUUGUUUGAAUUAUUCAUCGAGGCUGCUGAAGGAGGCAACAGUUCCCGCAUCGCUGAAUUUCUGGACAGUGGGGACAUUGAUGUCAAUUACGACAGCCAUGGGUUACAUGAAGGAGGAACUGCAUUCAAUGUGGCAUGUGACAAUGGUCAUUUACAGGUCGCGCGGUUGUUGUUGGCUCGAGGUGCCGAUAUCAACGCAAAAGGCUCCUCAGGAAAUACGGCGUUGCAUUCGGCAUGUGAAAACGGUGCACGUGACCUUGCGCGUUUUUUGCUACUUCGAGGUGCCGCUCUGGAAGCAAAGAAUUAUGAUGGGUUGACGCCAUUUCAUUUGGCAUUUUCAAAUGGUCGUUUAAAAAUGGCCCAACUUUUGUUAGACAGCGGUGCCGAUGUGAACACUAAGGAUAACGAGGGCAAUACACCAUUGCAUUCUACAUGUGAAGAUUCUGCACCGAAGAGUGCUGAGUUUUUAUUGCGUCAAGGCGCUUCUCUGGAAGAAAAGAAUAGUGACGGAUAUACGCCAUUGUUAUUCGCCUGUUUCAACAGUGAUUCCGCCGUCUCCCAAGUCCUUUUAGAUGGAGGUGCAGAUAUGAACACCACGGACGGUGAGGGCGGUACACCAUUGCAUUAUGCAUGCAGCAGUAAGCGUCCUGAUGUUGCCCAGCUGUUAUUGGAUCGAGGUGCGGAUAUGAAUGCAACAAAUGACAAAGAUCAGACUUCACUGCAUUGGGCAUGUAUGGAUGGCUAUCCAGAGGUCGUAAGCCUCCUAUUGGAUCGAGGUGUGGAUGUGGAGGCAAUGACGAAUACCAAAAUGACAGCACUGGAACUUGCAUGCUCCAAGAAUCAUUUCCAGGUCGUCUGGUUGCUGCUUUCUCGACACCCAUGGCUGGUUCUGGGUCGACAAAGCAUCGUCGAAGUACAGAAAAAGCCGAAGAAGCAACGGAUGUGUUAA